UUGUUAUUCAAUGUUAUUCAGCUUUCAGCUGUUUGGUAUUAUCAAACAUUAACAAAUUUAAAUUCUUAAAAAUGGCAUCUAUAUACGAUUUGCCCGAUGAGAUAGUAGAAUACAUAUUAUUCUUCGUUUCACCUUAUGAUGAUCUGCAUUCUUGUAUGUCUGUAUCUAAACAAUGGAGAAAAUAUGUUAAAAAUGUUGUUAAAAUUAGAAAGAGAAAUCUCAAUAAAUCUAUUGCUAAUUUUGAUGUGAAAUGGAAUACUUAUGAACCAUCUGAAGACAAUAGAUGCAUUGGCAGAAGAUAUUCCCAUGCAGCUUCAUUUUUGGAUAAUUCAAUGUACAUAUUUGGAGGUUGUACUUGCUCAAUGACAACAUUCAACGACUUAUGGAAAUAUGAUUUGUCAAAAAGAGAAUGGAUAAGGCCUUUAGCUACUGGAACCUAUCCAUCUCCUAAAGCUUGCAGCUCUCUUGUUAAAUAUAGUAAUAAAUUGGUUUUAUUUGGAGGGUGGACAUACCCACCUUCUUAUCCAUUAUAUCAAAGUUGCCAUUUAUUUAAUGAGCUCCAUGUUUAUGAUAUUCAAAAUAAUCACUGGAAUGUGGUUGAAACAUCUGUCAAACCACCACCAAUGGCUGGACAUUCAAUAUCUGUUAUAGAUAAUAAUAUGAUAGUAUUUGGAGGUCUUGCGAAGAAUGAAGAUCUUGUAGAAUGCCAAAAGUCAUGUGAUGUAUGGAAGUUGAAUUUAGAUGACUGGACUUGGAUAAAACUAGUAGUACAUGGACCUCAAACACCAAAUGCUCGUUUUGGUCAAACUCAGGUGGUUUUAAAUAGUGAGAAUAUAUUGAUUCUCGGGGGUUCUGGAGGUAUCCAUGUAGAUUAUUCUGAUGCUUGGAUACUCAAUUGGUUUAAAGAAAAUAAUACAUGGAAAUGGAUUAAAGUAGAAGUCAGAGGCAGAGCAAACCAGCCGAAAAAUAUCUGGGGAAACCCUGGUUGCAAGGUGGAUAAUAAAGUUGUCUUUCUCAAUAGACUGCAAACAGAUACAAUUUUUCCAUUGAAUAGUUCUAGAAGUCAUCCCGAAUAUAGUAGAGAAAACACGCAAGCAAGCUCUUCAUCUAAUAAGCAGCCUGAUUUGGAUGACAAUGUUAAUGGCAAGUGGGGCACCUUGAGAGACAUAGCUAUUCCCUUGUGGAAACCUCCAAAAGAAGAUGCUGAGGGUGACAUGGUUGAAGAUAAUGAUUCAAAUCUGCAGAGGAUAUUACCAAAUGACAAAUUGUUCAGAGCUGAAUUGAAUAGAAGAAAAAUAUAUUACAAACAAAGACAGAGUGAAGCAAAGAGAAAGCAAAACCGAUCCAAGCAUUGCCUUGGUCUGUAUGUUCUGGAUUUGGAACAUGCAACUGAUGAUAAACCCUAUGUGACAUGGCUUACGCCAAAAAAUUUUAAUAAAGGACCACAAGAAACCAUUUUAUAUACUUUGGUGGAAGGAAAUUCAGAAUUGAUCAUGUUUGGAGGUAUAGAAAGUGAUGGUGCUAAUAUAGGAAUAGUAAAUAAUCCUCCUAUUACAAAUUCCAUACAUAUAAUGUCCUGCAAUAUUGAUGUGAUAUGAUUUCUUACAAAUUUAAAUUCGCCUAAAUUUAUUUUCUACUUAUUGAAUUAUUUUUGAGAAAUAAAUGUAUAGUUAUGGAAUAUAUUGAAACCAAACAGCACGAUAA